UUGGUUUUGUAAAUAUUCUGUUAUCAAAAUUUUGCAGUUUUGUUUAGAGGAGCAGGUGCAAAUCUAAUUUGUUUCAAAAGAAAUUUGUGCAUUUUAUCUUGCGAUACGAUUAAUCGUCAUCCGACUCUUCAUUAAGCCAUUUUCCGGAAUGUCACUGCUGUACAACACCGGCGAUUGGUUCUCGCUUGGCCAUGGAAACUCCUAUAGGAAAGUCGAUCUAUACACCAUGGAUUGGCCGGCCAGUAUCAAUUUGGAGCACAUGACAGUUCAUGCCGCACCGUAUGGCGGCCCGAUCGCCCUGGUCAAAGAUUCCAAGCAGUUCAUCAAAUUGUCGGGGGGAGAAUCAGCAAAACCUGUGAUCCGAAUAUUCAACUGUUCCGGACGAUUGAUUUCGACGAUUAAUUGGGAUAAUGGCAACAGCGGCAAUAUCAUUUGUAUGGGUUGGUCCGAUGCGGAAGAAUUCCUAGUGGUGCAGGCGGAUGGGUCCGUAUGGCGAUACGACAUGUUCGGAAACUUUCUGCACAAAUUCAGCAUGGGUGCGGAUGUAACGGACGUACAGGAUGCAAAGAUUUUUGCUUCCAGUUCGGGCACGGGAAUCGCUGUGCUGACCAGUAGUUGGAAAAUUUACAUCGUCAACAGCGUGACGGACCCGAAGCUGCGGCCGUUGUCAGAAUUACUCUCUAUUUCCAGUGAUCUCACCUGUUGGGAGCUGGUGUCCAAAGACAGGAACACAUGUUGUCUUCUAGCACACGGAACCGACGUAGUUUUAGUUCGUCAUGGAGAUAGUGCCCCCAUAAAUCACAUUCUAAAUAUGAAGAGCGAAUACAGCAGCAUCAUUGCCAUGGCGGUUUCCUUCAAUCAUCGCCAUCUGGCGAUCUACACGAACACCGGGGCCAUUUGGUUGGGGUCGGCCGAUCUUCGCACCAAAUAUUGCGAAUUUGCAACUGGUCGCACCGAGCGGCCGCAGCAGAUUGCCUGGUGCUGCAACGAGGAUCUUCACCCGGAUAGUCAGGCCGUAAUUGUUAGCUACGUUUCGUUGGUUCAGGUAAUAGGAAUAACCGGCGAUUUUAACAUCUAUACGUACGACUCGCCAACGACGUUGAUCCCUGAAAUGGACGCCGUUCGGGUGCUGACCAAUAGUUCGCACGAGCUUUUCCAGCGGGUACCGCAAAGCACGAGCAAGAUUUUUGGGAUCAUCAGCUCCCAGCCGGCCAGUUUCCUGUUCGAGGCACAUAUGGAGUUCCAGAAACGCAGCCACAAAUCGGACGAAUUCCUGUGUUUGAUUCAGGACGACUUGGGUUCGGCUGUGGGCGUGUGCGUGGAAGCCGCCGGCCAAGAGUUCGAUUCGCUCACCCAGAAGAGUCUCAUUCGAGCGGCCCAUUUUGGAAAGAGUUUUCUCCCAAGCUACAAUCCGGACGGGUACAUUGAGAUGUGCCGGGUGCUGAGAGUGCUGAAUGCGCUGCGGGAGCCGAUCGUUGGAAUGCCAUUGACGAUGAGGCAGUUCAACCAUUUGCAACCGUUGGUCAUAUUGGAUCGGUUGAUAUUCCGGAAGCAUUACGCUUUGGCGAUUCAGAUUGCAAAACAUCUGAAGUUGCCCGAAUCAAGGAUUCUGGAGCACUGGGCUUUCCAUAAGAUUGAGCACGACAAAAACGAUGAAGAAGUGGCGCGCAAGAUUUCCGACAAGUUCCGUUAUCACCCGAUGGGUGAGCGGGAGCGCAUUUCCUUCGCCAACGUGGCCAAAAAAGCCCAACAAAAGGGUCGCAACAAGUUGGCAAUUACCCUACUGGAGCAGGAACCACGCAAGAAUCUACGCGUUCCGCUGCUGCUGGAGCUGGACGCCAGUGAAAAAGCUCUCACAGCGGCCACCCAGUCCGGCGAUACAGACUUGAUAUACAUGGUAAUCCUCAAGAUGAAAAGCACGACAGCACUCAGCAAGUUCCAGAUGAUCAUAAGGCGGUUCCCAUUGGCGCAUGAUCUAUACAAAAAGUACUGCCAGACGAACAGCCUCUCCACGUUGAAGGACAUCUACUCGCAGGAGGAUGAUUUCCAGGCCCAAGCGGAAUUGGGAUUAAGAGAAGCGUUGGAUAUCAACAACGUGGAGGUGUCCAUUCCGGACAUCAGUGGAAACUACAAAAAGGCAACCCGAAUGCUCGAAGCGGACGCGUGCGAUGAAGCGAAGAAAUUGAUGAAACAUCAAAAGGUAUUGGACGAAAAGUACCAGAAACGCUUGUACGGAAAACCCCUGCAUGAAACCAUCCACCAGCUAUUGAUUCUGGGUGACAUAAAGUACGCUGACCGGCUGAAAAGUGAAUUCAAAGUCCCAGAAAGACGAUACUGGUGGCUCCGGAUAAGCGUACUAGCCCUGCAGUUCCAGUGGGAUGAGUUGGAAAAAUUUGCCAAAUCCAAAAAGAGUCCCAUCGGGUACGAACCGUUUGUCGAGGUUUGUCUCAAACACAACAACGUUGAGCAGGCGAAGAAAUAUCUCCCGCGAUGCAGCGAGGAGAAGAAGUUCAAUUGGUAUUUGAAGGCGGGCUGUCUGUUGGAGGCUGCUUCUUUCGCGUACGAUCAGAAGGACAUUGACGGACUGUGGCUGGUUCACGGUCGUUGUGCGACGGAUUCGGCACUGAUGGCCAAGGUGGAUGGCUUGAUCCAGCAGUUGACGACGAAGAAGUGAGGUCAGACUGGCCUUUCCGGAUCGGUUUAGGUUUAACUAUCGAGCUGUGAUUGGUUUAUACAAGGCAUGCCUUCAAGGAUGCUCGAUAUUGGAAGAUUGCUUCCUUCAUUUUUGUUUCUACUACGGCCCGUUGUCGUCCAUUUUUGGUUGGCAGGCGUUCGCUGCACAACACAAUCGUAUAAA